AUGAAAGCUGAGCUGGGAUCCAUAGACGAGAUGGGCUUGCUGCGCUUUGUGGCAGACGAAGAAGGCGUGCAGAACAAGUGUUUUCACUUCUUGCACAGCUACAUAGGCAUUCGAGGAGCGAUUUGCCCGGAGAUUUCACAUCCCAAGUGGAACUGCUGGAAGCGAGCCGUGAAACAUUCUGGCAUGAAUUACGAUGUCAUGCGCUUGACCAUUGCGGCCAACUACGGCCACGGCACAAAGCUCACAGGCGAGCGUGUCUCGAUGCGACGAGAGUACUUGGAGACGUGGCUACUAAAACAGGAUGAGGAAUACUUCGAAGAGAUUUCAGAAGAAAUCAACCACGACCGUGGGCAAAGAGGAAUGACCAGCGACGCCGUGCAAGCCUCGGUCACAGAUUUCUUGGAAUCGCCCCUGAUAAAACGACGUGCGCACUACGCCAAGAACAAGAGUUGGUUCGGCUGCUUGACCUGUUUCAAGAUGCUCCUACGUGACUGGACAGUGUUGCGUGAAGCUGCUCGGGCGGUGGUGGUCGAGUCUAACGGUUUGGCAGACGAAGAGGAGCUGCACAGGCAAGGGGAGGCUGCGAGUGACGACGGAGACGGCAACGCCGGAGAAGACGAUGGUGCAGCAAGCGAAGCGCCAGCUGCACAGGAGAAGCAGACCAAGUCAGAUUUUUACGCUGCCUACAAGAAGAAGGGCCCCCACCAAAUGCAAUUGGACAUCCUGUCUGAUGACCGCCUGCGUUGCAGUGCGGAGAUCCUGUGCCGGGUUACCAGGCCAUUGCACAAGCGCUACCAAUUUGAUCUGCAAGCGCAGAAAGAGGGAUUGGAAAAGACUUUGCAAUGGAACGCGGAGCGCUGUGUUGGAAGCAGUUUGGAAGCCACCAACGAGAUCCUAGUAAGCACCGCGAGCCCCGCAUUGUACGCGGCCAUGAAGAUGACGCCCCACUGCAGCCCCUGUGCCACACCCGAUAUGUUGCCGGAUGAAAUGGAGCUAGCGAAACAAGCUUUCACUUUUGCAUCACAUUUGGCUGGCAACUUUGCGUGGUCGGAACUGCUGCACCAGUUUACGUUGCCACUGGCUGCUGGCUCCUUGCUGCUGGCGGAUGAAGAAAAGGGCCAAAGAGCUCUUCGCAGAAUCGGCGCUCUCAUUGACGCCGUGGUCAAAGCUGAAGACAUGAUGAAGACAAAACCUGGAUUGGCGCAGCUGUUGCAAGACUUGGCUUUUCAAGAAGAGAGCCUCGCGCGAGAGGUCAUGAUCCGCUUGCGAAAAGCACAGUACAAGCUUGAUCACCCUGAAGCUCAAACCGUGGUUCGACUCAUGCGCAGCUUUUUCGGGGGCAGCAGUUCCACCAAAGAGAUUUUGGAAUCGUGUUUCGGUCAUCUAGCAGAUGUAAUCAGCAGGUCCAACAAGAACAAGCGCACGAGCAAGCUGGGGACGUGGCUGUAUUGUACCAGCUCGGGUUUCAUCGAAUCCUCAGGAAUGAAGCAGCUUUUGCCAGGGCCAUCUGAUUGGAUGAAAUGGCUUCCGAGGUACGGGAACGCCAAAGACGAGUGGAUGCAGACAUUCAACAAGGCGUUCAACAUUGCUGGUACUGCCCUCCCCGAAGCGGAGGACAUGGAGUUUCCCAAGACACCGGAAGGUGUAGUGAAAACAAAGUGGAGGCUGGCGGGACCUCUAUCUCACUACAAGAGCGCGGCUGCCGCGUGCUACCUCCUCAAAGAUUCAGACUCUGGGUUUCGGAACCUGACAAUGGCUUGGGCAAGCCGUGCAUUGCUCUUCAAGGGGGCCAUUUUUUGGGAGCGCUCCAAAGACGUUUUCAUGCUCUCGCUGGGCUUCGUCGGAUGGUGCGCGCUUGGCGUACGGUUGCAGCGGCACAAGGUUGGCCAGCAGGAGUUCUUAUCCGUUGACCCCAAUCACAAAGGCGUGGAGAUGCUGUUCAAUUUCACAGUGACCGAAAACUCAGCAUGGAUGUUCGUCGUUCAUGAGGUUCUCCCACCAGCUUGUGUUCCAGACUCCUUGCACCACUGUGGGUCGUGCAUACAUGUGAAGUCAAAGGAAUGGAUCCUGCGUGCGGCACUUCUUCGCCAGCAAACGAUCAAGUUCAACAGAAAUCAACUGGUCCACAUGUGUACCUCUUUGCGGGUGGCUUUGCCAGAGGCCAGACAGGGCUCCGGAAAAAAAGGAGGUCGGAUCAAUAUUGAUUACGUUCGUGCACUUGUGCGGCAUCUUUUGCCGGCUGCGCCUCAAGAAGAAGUGCAGCAGCAGGUGGCUGCAAUCAUGGGCAAGCAAAAGGCACGUGUGGACAUGGGCGUGUUGGCCAUGGUUUCCGAAAUGGAUGUUGACAAUGCAGAUGCCUUUAAGGAACUGAAGAAGCAAGCCAUGCAACAGUUUGAGGAGGAGGUGUCCAAGACUGGUGAGAAGCGUGCGGUCAAGAGCAUGAAGGAUGCACAGGAUCGCGCAGAAGCAGAACGGAAGGUAGCAGAGGCUGCCAAGAAGCGUGAAGACAAGCAAGAACAGCAACGACAGGCAGAACGCAAGAAGCAAUGGGAUUUGACGCCAGCCGAUCUCAAGAAACUGCUGCCGGGGGCCGGCACCAUCACUUCUACCUUCUGGAUGCGAUACCAGCCUUUGCAGAAGUUUUGGAAGGUUGAAUACCCGAUCGGUGCCUUCACUGAUUACGGACUUUGA